CUCCAAAAAUCCCCAUCCCCAUCAUCCUCACCACUUCAACAAAAAUAACUAAAAAAUACAGUGUCAUCGCAAAAAGUUGAAAUUCAUUAUAUCUUCUUCCAGUUCUUAGUAUUAAAAAAACAUCCCGCUUAAAUUUUUCACCUACACUUCACAUCUCAAGACCUUAAAUCAACGGUCACCAUCGCUCGCAACGCUCACUUCAUUUCCAUCUUCUUCUGCUACGUUCAUUAAUUUCUUAAAUCUGUUCAUUCUUUCUCUUUCUUCUUCAUCUUCUUGUAAUAAAAAUGGCGUUACAGAAUAGUGCUAGCGAAAGUUAAAACCUCCUAAAUUCACAGAAAAAGAAAAUUUAAACAUUAUUUUUUUUUGUUGUCGUUUCUCACAUUGUUUUUAUUAUUUUGAGAUUCUAUAGAUAUUGAUGAUUUUUUCUUUUUCUUGAAUUUUUCAGAGAGAUUUUGGUGGUUUUGUAAUCCUAUGCACGUUUGAAGAAAUCUAGGGAAUAGGUUUUUUUCUUUCGAUUUUUUUUUUGGUUUAGUACAUUGGGAAAUGAUUGCUUUAUGAUGAUUUAAUAUAAACUAUUGUUUAAGACUUGAGAGAGUGAAUUUGUAUUUUGUGAUUGAUUUUCUCUAUGUUGUUGUUAUUGUUACAUUUUGGAGAUUUGAGCUAUUUGAAUUGAUGUUUUUGAGGAUUUGAGCUGUUUGUGAAAUGGAUUUGAUUCGUUUUGUAUUUCUCACUGUGGAGAAUGGUUGAUUUUUUAGGUUUAAUUUUUGAAAAAUUAGGGUUCUAGAAGGGUGCAUUUACUUUUGAGGAGAAAUUUGGGUUUUGAAUUUCAUUCAUCUGAGGAAUACUCUUUGGAGUUAGCUCAUAGACUUGACAAGUGAAUAUAUUUGGACAAGUUUGGGAUUCCUUUUUGGGGUUUUAGAGGAUUCAAAGGGUAAAUUGGUUGGAUAUGCCAAGCAUUAGAGCUCCAGCUUCGAAACAAGCCACGACCCUCUCGGUUAUUGUAAAAUGUAGACCGUUAACUAAGAGAGAAUUGCAAAGGAACAGAAAUAUUGUGAGAGUGACUAAUAAUAAGGAGGUUCUUGUCUUGGAUCCUGACUUGUCCAAGGACUACCUUGAUCGUAUGCAAAACCGAACUAAAGAGAAAAAAUAUAUGUUCGACUAUGCAUUUGGUCCCAAUUCCAAAAACUUGGAUGUUUAUGAGACAAGUAUAGCCUCUACAAUUGCCGGAGUUAUUCAUGGUCUUAAUGCUACUGUUUUUGCAUAUGGGUCAACUGGAAGUGGUAAAACUUACACAAUGGUUGGCGCAAGGAAUGAUCCCGGGCUUAUGGUUCUUAGCUUGAACACAAUAUUUGAUCUGAUAAAACAGGACAAAAGUUCUGAUGACUUUGAAGUCAAUUGUUCUUACCUGGAAGUCUACAACGAAGUUAUCUAUGAUUUGCUUGAAAAAUCAUCUGGGCAUUUGGAGCUUAGAGAGGAUCCUGAACAAGGAAUAGUUGUUGCUGGACUUAGAAGUAUCAAGGUGCAUUCAGCUGAUAGGAUUCUGGAGCUCCUUAAUUUGGGUAACAGUAGGCGAAAAACAGAAAGUACUGAAGCAAAUGCUACAUCUUCACGCUCACAUGCUGUUCUGGAGAUUACUGUAAGAAGGAAGCAUAAAAAUCAAUAUCAGAACCAAGUUAUCCGUGGUAAACUUGCGCUAGUUGAUCUUGCUGGAAGUGAAAGGGCUUCUGAAACAAAUAGUGGAGGGCAAAAGCUAAGAGAUGGAGCCAAUAUUAACCGCUCACUUCUUGCUCUAGCAAACUGUAUUAAUGCUCUUGGAAAACAGCAUAAGAAGGGUCUUGCGUAUGUUCCUUAUCGUAAUAGCAAAUUGACGAGGAUCCUUAAAGAUGGCCUGAGUGGUAAUUCUCAAACUGUUAUGAUUGCUACAGUGUCACCUGCUAACAGUCAGUAUCAUCACACUGUUAAUACCCUGAAGUAUGCUGACCGAGCAAAAGAGAUCAAAACACACAUCCAGAAAAACAUUGGUACAGUGGAUACACAUGUUUCAGACUACCAACGAAUGAUCGAUAAUCUUCAGAUUGAAGUAUGUCGGCUGAGAAAGGAACUAGCAGAUAAGGAGACACAACUAAGUGUCAAACCUGCUGAAAGGACAGUGGACGAUGAACCAUCUUGGCUGAAUGUGUUAAGCCAUCAAACCAGUGAAAAUGUUCAGGAUCGAAUAAACCUACAAAAGGCUUUGUUUGAACUCGAAGAAACUAAUCUUCGUAAUCGCAUCGAGCUCCAACAUUUAGAUGAUUCUAUUGCAAAGGAACGGGUUAUACGGAAGGAUGGAGCAGUUGUACAGGCCUUAAGACUAAGAAGACAGAACAUUCUAGAUAACAUUCGGGAUAAUGAUGAUACUGGUGCAAAUUACCAAAGGGAAAUAGUGGCAAAUGAGAACCACCGACGGAAACUCCAAGACAUGAUUGAGGAAGCCAUUAGCAACAAUGGCAACAGAACCUACUUGCAUAUUCUCAGUCAGUACAGGAUCUUGGGGAUGGCUAAUACUGAGCUCCAGUUUGAAAUGGCAAUGCGUGAUCAAGUCAUUAACAACCAAAGGGAAGCACAAAGGAACCUGUGGAACUUGAUUAUGGGGUUAGGUAUAGACCAGAAAAAGAUAGUGGAAACUGCGUCCAAGCAAGGAAUAACAAUCGAAGACUGGGCAGCAUCACAUCAUGGGCCAGCCAGUCCUGCCCCAUCUUAUGGGAGAUUACCACCUCUCUGGACUGGCAUUGGACAAUCGUACUCUUCAAGCUCUCCUGUUUUGCAACACCAACAAGAUGGUUGUAGGUCGUGGGGGACGUGUGAGUCAGAUGCUGCUCGUACCGUUCAUAGGGAGGAGCACCACAGCUCCUACGUUUUACUAUCUCAUGACCAUUCUCCAUCAGCAUAUUUGGGGAUGAGUAGUAGUACUGAGCAUUGGGUGAGUAGUGGCAGACCAAAUCCACAACAUUGCGCCCCUGAUAUGCCUUCAUACCAGGAGAGGAGAGUUCAAUCUUCACCAAUUGAAGGUUGUAUACCCACUUUGUCACUACCCCCGGAAUUUGUCCGUAAUGAGGGCACAUGCGAUACAAAUAGAUGGCAGCUGGCAGAACAUCCUCAAAUCAGACAAAAUACCGGGCACAGUCCAUGCAAAGAGAUAAUGACACGCCAUACUGGAUUGGCCCGACCCUUAUUUUUAAAUAAUCCAACAGAGCUCUCUGGCACACCCAGCAGCUCCCCUCAUGUUCUCCAUGGUAUUGCUCCCCCCAAUUGUCAACCUACGCCACACCUGCUUCCCUCUUAUACUGCUGGCAGACCAGUUCCUUUUAUUACUGCCACGAGUCCUGAAUUGAGGGGCCAUCGAUCCAGAUUUGUGUAGUCUUCAUUUCCUUUUAUAUACUUAGUGAAAUGUUCAUAUGCGAAUUAGUUAACAGCGUUUCUUUACCCAUCAACAGUGGUAAUGACAUGGGUAAACGUAGUAUAUGAAUCUCUUCCUUAUACGCUGAUUUCCGAUAGUGAUCCUUCUCCGUUAGAAAGUUCCGCGCCUACAACGAUGUUUUGUCAGGUGGAAGCAGAUUUGUGACUUCUAAUAAGGUGAAAUUGCAGCAUGUGGAUUGUACAGGACUUACAGGACUCAACUAUUUCAAGUUUCUGUGGAGUGAACAAUUAGAUUUGAUUACGUGAAGUUACUAAAGGCUCAUCUAAAUCAAUGGAUGACUGCCUACCGGUUAGACUAGUGGUAUUUUUUCUAACAUCUUCUGCAUUGAUUCAUGAGUGACCUAUUCAGCGAGCAUUGUAUUGGUUAUGGAUUUUUAUAAUAAAAUGAAGGGUGUCUAAUUGUUGGA